CACAUGGAUUCCGGUAUUCCAUUUUUCAACGGCGCUUCGAUCUGAGCGCGCGCUGACAGCCCCCGGUGACCGGCGCAUCCAUCAGACCCGGCGAGGGAAAGAGGCAUCACUUCGCCGGUUCCAUCGAUCUGCCGGAACUGGCCAGGCACCGUUUCGCGUGUGUGUGUGUGUGCGAGCGAGGAGGGCGAAAGCGGCCCUGAGGUAUUUCUGCGACCGAAGAGCAGCCUGCUGCACGCUUAACGGAGAGCCAGUGAGACGCUCAGGAAAUAAAAUCCUCAAAGACAUCCGAGGGAACCUGCCUGGCUGGAAUAUUUCAUCGCUUAGGAGGAAAGCGGUCCUCUCUUGCUCAGAUCACAGGUGGCAAGUAGAACCAAAAACAGCCCAGUGCUGGAUUCCAGAGGGACAGCUAGAGUGCGCAGACCCUUGAGGUGAAGGAGGGUGCAUGGAUCACUCAAGGACAAAAACUUCUGCCUACCUCUGGUUGGGCGUGGUCUCCGUGGCAACAACCUUCCUCUGUGCAGAGGCGCGAGUUACACCAAGCCCACCCCUCCCUGACAACAACACAUGUGUUGAGGAGACGGGUCGAUGCCAACCUGGCAUCAUCUUACCCAUUUGGUACCCUGAGGACCCCUCGAUGGGCGACAAGAUCGCCAGGGUCAUCGUGUACUUUGUGGCAAUGAUUUAUAUGUUCCUGGGGGUGUCAAUUAUUGCGGACCGCUUCAUGGCCGCCAUCGAGGUCAUCACGUCCCAGGAAAAGGAAAUCAUUAUUAAACGGCCAAAUGGCGAGACAACAACCACAACGAUCCGCGUGUGGAACGAGACUGUGUCUAACCUCACGCUCAUGGCGUUGGGCUCCUCUGCGCCUGAAAUUCUCCUCUCCGUCAUCGAGGUAUGUGGACACGAGUUCCAUGCAGGUGAACUCGGCCCAUCCACCAUUGUUGGCAGCGCUGCCUUCAACAUGUUUGUGAUCAUCGGCCUGUGCGUGUCUGUGAUCCCUGAAGGGGAGGUACGAAAGGUGAAGCACCUACGUGUGUUUUUUGUGACGGCGGCAUGGAGCGUGUUUGCCUACAUCUGGCUCUACAUGAUCCUGGCAGUGUUCUCACCCAAUGUUGUGCAAGUGUGGGAAGGGCUUCUCACGCUGGCGUUCUUCCCCAUCUGCGUUCUUCUGGCCUGGGUGGCUGACCGUCGGCUGCUCUUCUACAAGUUCAUGCAUAAGAAAUAUCGCACGGACAAGCACCGGGGCGUCAUCAUUGAGACUGAGGGUGACCGCUCUAAAGGCAUCGAAAUGGACGGAAAGAUGAUGAAUUCUCAUUUUGUAGAUGGUGGAGCUGCAAGAAACUUAAUGGGCCUGAUUGAAGGCAAGGAGGUGGACGAGUCUCGCAGAGAUAUGAUCCGGAUCCUGAAGGACCUGAAGCAGAAACACCCGGAGAAGGAGCUGGACCACCUGGUGGAGAUGGCCAACUACUAUGCACUGUCACACCAACAGAAAAGCAGAGCGUUUUACCGUAUCCAGGCUACGAGGAUGAUGACCGGAGCUGGGAACAUUCUCAAGAAGCAUGUGGCGGAACAGACCAAACGUAGCGCUAGCGUUCAAGAAGUGCAUGUAGAAGAACCAGAGGAAUUUGUGUCCCGGAUUGUGUUUGAACCUGCCAUUUAUCAGUGUCUGGAAAACUGCGGGGCCGUAUUGUUGACGAUAGAGCGUAAGGGUGGCGACAUCAGCAAGACAAUUUAUGUGGAUUAUAAAACGGAGGACGGAUCAGCGAACGCCGGUGCGGAUUAUGAGUUUACAGAGGGCACUGUGGUGUUCAAGCCUAGUGAGGUUGUCAAGGAGAUCACCGUUGGCAUCAUUGACGAUGACAUCUUUGAAGAGGACGAGCAUUUCUUUGUGCGUCUCAGUAACGUGCGCGUUCUCGAGACGGAGGAUGAGGUGUUGUCGCCCAGUAGCUUGCCAUACCCAAAAGCUUUGAUAGGAUUCCCUGCUGUUGCCACGGUUACCAUCCUCGAUGAUGACCAUGCAGGCAUCUUCACUUUUGAAAGCGCGUCGAUGCACAUGAGUGAGAGUGUGGGCAUCAUGGAAGUGAAAGUGCUGCGGACAUCAGGAGCACGAGGGACCGUCAUUAUUCCAUUCCGCACAGUGGAGGGACUCGCUAAGGGGGGAGGAGAGGACUUUGAGGAUGCGUAUGGAGAACUGGAGUUCAAAAACGACGAGACCUGUAAAACCAUACAGGUUAAGAUUAUUGACGAUGAGGAGUAUGAAAAAAACAAAAACUUCUACCUGGAGCUGGCGGAACCACGCAUGGUGGAUAUGAGUCUUCAGAAAGCUCUGUUGUUAGCUGAUGAUAUUCCAGACAGGAAGUUGUCAUCAGAGGAAGAGGAAGCAAGAAGAAUAGCAGAGAUGGGGAAGCCUGUAUUAGGCGAGCAUGCAAAAAUAGAGAUCAUCAUAGAGGAGUCGUAUGAGUUUAAGAGUACAGUAGAUAAGCUGAUUAAGAAGACUAACUUGGCUCUGGUUGUGGGCACAAAUUCCUGGAAAGAACAAUUCAUGGAGGCCAUAACUGUCAGUGCAGGAGAUGAGGAUGAAGAUGAGGGGGGAGAAGAACGUCUGCCAUCUUGUUUUGAUUAUGUCAUGCACUUCUUGACUGUGUUCUGGAAAGUUCUGUUCGCCUGUGUACCGCCCACGGACUACUGGAACGGUUGGGCAUGUUUUGUUGUUUCUAUAGUGAUCAUCGGUCUAUUGACGGCUGUGAUUGGUGACCUGGCCAGUCACUUUGGCUGCACCAUUGGCCUGAAGGACUCUGUCACUGCUGUGGUGUUUGUAGCUCUGGGAACGUCUGUCCCUGAUACCUUUGCCAGUAAAGUUGCAGCGGUGCAGGACUCAUACGCUGAUGCAUCUAUCGGUAACGUGACCGGUAGCAACGCUGUGAAUGUUUUCUUGGGAAUUGGAGUGGCGUGGUCAGUGGCCGCCAUCUACUGGCACAUGCAAGGCCGUGCGUUUGAGGUGCAAGCGGGAUCCCUCGCAUUUUCUGUCACUCUUUUCACCAUCUUUGCCUUCCUGGCGGUGAGCGUCCUGCUUUAUCGACGCAGGCCUCAUAUUGGUGGAGAGUUGGGCGGCCCGCGUAGUCACCGUAUCUUCACCUCACUCUUUUUCUUCAGUCUCUGGUUUCUCUACAUACUUUUCUCCAGUCUGGAGGCUUACUGUCAUAUACAGGGCUUCUGAAGAGAUGAGACAGGGACAGGAUCUGGUGGGGUAAGGGGCUAGAGACGGGGAGAGAGAGAGAUGGAUUCAAUCAACUUCUAGUCAUAAACGAAUGCGUAAGAGCUAAGGACUUAUUCAAAAAGGUUUAAAAAGGCUGAGUCUCUUCAGUCUGAGGAUGAAAUGAUGAAGUGUGUUAAGUAUUUUACCUAUCUCUCUGAAGGAUGGGACAGUCUUAACCUGCAUUCUGAGCUUUUCACAGUCUAUAUUUUUCUCAACACCUGCUGAGAACGACUUUUUUCUAAUGAAGUAUUUUGGGGAAAAAAAGACAUAAAAAUAACAAAAAGAAUAAAAAGGAUUCAAAGGACUAUUUUCAAAUCUGCUUCCAGGAUUAGAAAUAAUAUUUCAACAAAAAAAUUAAAUAUAUAACUACAUGAAAUCUGUUACUGAGUGACAUUUGAAGGACCCAUAAAGUUUAUUUAUUUUUUCGUCAUUUAGUUUUGGAAGAACUCACAGAGCUUACAGCUUUUAUCAUCAGGCCAAAGUCCCGGCUAGAGAGAGUGGCUCAGAAACACAGAACGUGGAGAAGAGAGAUGAACAUGAACUAUGGCUGAACAAUGCAUUUUCUCCCUGAUAUUCCUGUAUGGAUAUAAUCUGCUUCCAUAUUUUUUCUAUACUUUGUGUUUUUCCUGCAAAGUGUUGUUAUUUAGAGCAUCACUGGGGCUUUGGAGGGUUUCUGCAGAACAGAACAUAAGAAAACAGCAUACAGAGAGAGAAAAUGAGGCCUUUUUGAUUUGAAAGCUCUACACUUUCAUCGAAACAAACCACUAGUGUAUUUUCUGAAAACACAGUGGAGGAGAGCGCACUGCAUCUGCUAUUACAGUUGUUGUUGUUUUAAAUCUGUUUGUUUUUAAGUCUUUCAGUGUUGUUGAACAAACAUAAACACCCCAAAGAGUCCCAUAUAGACCCACCUCACCCCAAAUAGUCCUCCUAUAUAGAAUCACAUGACCAGGAGUCCCUUUAGUGUGCAUCUAAACAGCGUCUGAAGUGUCAGUUAUGUAGGUGGUGAAUACAAAGGAGCCUUAAAUGCCUACAGUCCAAAAGCGAGCAUUACAAGUUCACAAACAGCUCCAGAUUGUUCUGUGGUUUUGAUUUAAUCUGCCAAGGAGAGUUUUUAAAAUUUUAAAGGAGUAGGAUAGAGAUAUUCUGCCAUACAAAGGCAAAACACUGUAACUAUACUGUAAGGAGAGAAAAAGAAAAAAGUCUUGUUUAAUUUACAGGAAAAAAACUGGCAACUGUAGUUGCUAGAAAUUCACUACAAAACAAUUUAGUAACCAUGUUCAGGCAUUACAUGAUGGAUGUCAUUUUUGUGCCUGUAUAUUUUACACAUUACUACCAUAAAUAUCAUUAAAUGAUACAAUGUUAAUAUACCAACCUACUGGAACUAUAAAAAUCUGCUUUGCACUUAAAAUGUAAUGUUAACAACCACAAGUGGUCAAACAAAAGGCCACAUGAUUAAAUUAAAUCAAGAGUGGCCCUUCCAGGAGCAGUGGCCAAUAAAUAGGUAUAUAAACACAAAACACCAUCAGUAAAUAACACGUUACACUUAAAUUAUGCGAUAAACAUUAGAUUUAAAAAAAAAUAUAGUAACUGAUAUUAAAAAUAGGAAGAAAAAAAUAUUUCAAUAAACUAAUCAAAUAUGAUGGGUUAUUGGUUUUUACCAUAAGUUUAACAAUAGUUCAUCAUAGAAAUGCAUGUAUUGUCUAAAUUUUCACUGUACAUGGUAAGGUUAAAGGAAUAGUUCACCCAUAAAUUAAAAUUCCCUCAUCAUUUACUCACCCUUAUGGCAUCCCAGAUGUGUAUGACUUUCUUUCUUCUGCUGACAAACACAAGAAGAAGAAUAUCUCAGCUCUGUAGGUCCAUACAAUACAAGUGAAUGGUGACUAAAAUUUUGAAGCUCCACAAAAAGGAAGGCACAAAACUCCAGUGGUUAAAUCUUUAUCUUCAAUAGUGAUAUGUUAAGCGUGGGUGAGACAAAGAUCAAUAGUUGAGUCCUUUUUUACUAUAAAUUCCCUCCCUGUCCAGUAGGUGGCGAUGUGCACGAAGAAUGCGAAUGGCCAAAAACUGAAGAAUAAGAAUGUGAAAGUGAAAUAUGAGAUUUAUAAUUAAAAAUGACUUAAAUAUUGUUGUUUCUCACCCACACUUAUAUCGCUUCUGGAGAUAUGGAUUUAACCACUGGAGUCUUAUGGAUUACUCUUAUGCUGCGUUUAUGUGCUUUUGGAGCCUCCGAGAUCAAUUUGCAUUGUAUGGACCUACAGAGCUGAGAUAUUCUUCUACAAAUCUUCGUUUGUUUUUGUCAGCAGAAGAAAGAAAGUCAUACACACCUGGGAUGCCAUUAGGGUGAGUAAAUGAUGAGAGAAUUUUCAUUUUUGGGUGAAGUACUCCUUUUACAAAUGACCAGUUUUUCAAUUAUUUUUUUAACUGUACCAUUUUUAUACAGUUUACCCCAACACUGGAACUGAGAAAACUAUGAAAUAAAGAAAGAAAUUUGGAUUUUGUAGUUACUGCAAUUUUUACACUUAGUUGAGCAAAACCUAUAUGUCACAGGACAGAUAAUAGUCUAAGAGACUUUAAAAAUGUGUGUGCUACUGCAUUUUGCCUUUGUACGGCAGUAUUGUCGAGGAGAAGUGAUUUUUCGGCUAAGGGCCAGCGUGUCAGCUUAUCAUGGAUCCGUUUAAAAAGAGGUCAUUAAUUUAUCUGACUGACUAAUUUUUGCUGUAAAGAGGGGGUUUCUGUAUUAUCUGGGGGAUGUGAUGUCAAUAAAGAAUUGUUUAUGAUGGCGAGUAAGAUGCAGAGGCCAGAACCAAAGAACAGAACCUUUAGACUGCCACCCGGAAGCUGCAGUAGACCCCACUGGGGGGUCACAGUCCUAUUCCACCAUUAUACUAUAAGUUUUUACAACUCAUGCAGUGUGUUUUGCAUAUUUAUCUCUUGCCUCCUCAUCACAAAUAGAGGCCAAAUUAGUUGUGUCCUGGCUACUAGUGUCAGGAUAACAGCACCUGCAGCAAACAUGGACUUAUUUUUAUAUAUAUAUAUAUAUAUAUAUAUAUGUUUACAUUCAUAUACAACUAUUGUGUAAGAGAGAGAGAAUGAGAGAGUGAGAUUCAAAUUGCAAAUGUACCUGCUGACAUUGCUUUGGCCUUCUCUGUGCUUCCAGUGACUUUGUUCAUAUCUUUGUGCUUUAAUUUAACGGUUUAAAAGAAAUACAUUUUAGAAUAAUUUGUUGAAAUCACAACAAAUCACACAGAAAAAAAAAAAAACAUGCACAUGCACUCUUUAUGACUCAUACAAGCUCAUGUUCAUGAGUUUUAGUGUUUUAAACUUUUUUUGUACAGAAUGCACUGUCAGAUCUAGACACAAUGUGAGACCUUUCACCUCUACACUAUCUCUGUACGGAGGCAGGAGUGUGUUUGUAAAAGAAACAUUUUCUUUAUACACACAUUGGCUCUGUUCUAAACCCAGUGAGCAGCCUGCAUAGACAGCAUUUAAAGCAAUUGGUGCCAGAAUCGGCGCAAAAGCAAUCCCAAAAUGUAUUGUGACAAGCAAUCCAAGAUGGCAGAAAUCAGAGAAAUGUUGAUUAUAAAUAUAAUGAAUCCAAUACCAAAAUGUAUUGAUAAAAUGUUUUUCUAUUUAAUGUAUAGUUUAUUUAAAUUGUGGAUUAUUUAAUAUAUAAUAGUUUUAUUUAUCCUUUAGUAAAGGACUUCUUUACUCCAUAUUUGUGUGUACAGUUUUUUUCUGCUUAGUAGAGUAUCACAUUGGUAGCUUAGCAUUAUGCAAACAACACACUCUAUUGAAGUCAAUUGUGGCUUGAGUCUCCAGUUGCAUUUGUUGUGAGGAGCACUACAGAGUUGUUGCCAAUGUAGAAUCUUUCACUCGUGAGAUUUUAUUUUAAAUACAGUAGAAUGCUGCCUUAGAAGUGGGGUUUCCAAAUGUCCUGUAUUUUUGCCGAAAUGACAACAUCCUGUACAGGACACCCAUUGUCCCAUAUUUCAGCAGGGAGAUGCUUCCCUCCACCCCUGUCUCAUAUUCAUGUGGCAAAAUGUUGGUAACCCUACUUAGAAGGCAGAUGCCUUUGUAGGCAGUACACAGCAAGGCAGCUCACUAGGUUUUGGAACAGAGCCACUCUCACACUCCUUAAAUAGCCAUGCAACCAGUUGUAUGCAGGCAAAAUAAUAUAUUUAAAGGAAUAGCUUACCCAAAAUGAAAAUUCUCUCAUGAUCUCACCCUCAUGCCAUCCCAGAUGUGUAUGACUUUCUUUCCUCUGCUGAACACAAACAAAUAGUUUUGGAAUAAUA